AUGGAUCCUAGUUGUCUAUUCAAAACACUACUAGCAACCAAUUGGGCGCUAUUUCUAUGGGAUCAAUAUAUCACUUAUCGACAGUACAAAGUGCACCGAGAUGCGGAGAAGCGUCCGGAAGAAGUGAAAGAGUUGAUUAGUGAUGAGGAUUACAAGAAGGCGAGAGACUACAAGAUGGAUAAUCACACGUUUGGAUUCUUGCAUAGUUGGUUCAACCAGCUUCUGACUACUGCUCAACUCGUCGGCGGAUACUUCCCAUUCUUGUGGUAUGCCACCGAGAACUUUCCAUUCCACGUGGCUGUCUUCUUGUCUGUCAACACAAUAAUUGAGACUAUAAUCGAUCUUCCAUUCGAUCUAUACUCUACUUUCAUCAUCGAAGACGCUCAUGGAUUCAACAAACAGACGAUUGGAUUCUAUUUCGUUGAUAAAGUCAAGAAAAUGCUCGUCGGAUUCGCUCUCACCAUGCCAAUUGUCUAUGGAAUCGAAUGGAUUAUUACCAACGGAGGGCCAUACUUCUAUGUCUAUAUCUGGGUCUUCCUCUCUGUUAUUGUGUUGCUUCUGAUGACUAUCUACCCGACAUUCAUCGCUCCACUCUUCGACAAAUAUUUCCCACUCCCAGACGGUGAACUCAAGACGAAAAUCGAGAAAUUGGCCGAGUCUCUCAAGUAUCCACUCACCAAACUCUACGUUGUCAACGGCUCCAAACGAUCUGCUCACUCCAACGCCUACAUGUACGGAUUCUGGAAGAAUAAGCGUAUCGUUCUCUACGAUACUCUUCUCAGUGGAACUGAAAAAGAGAAAGUGCACAAGUUGUAUGUGGAGGCGGGAGAGAAGAUUGAGGAGACGGAGAAUGAUAAGAAGAGAGGAAUGAAUAAUGAUGAAGUUGUCGCCGUGUUGGGACACGAAUUGGGACAUUGGGCUCUUUGGCAUACUCUCAUUAAUCUGAUUAUCACCGAAGUCAACUUGUUCUUCUGCUUCGCUGUCUUCGCAUACUUCUACAAAUGGGACGCUCUUUAUCAAGCCUUCGGAUACCGCGAUACCCCACCAAUCAUCGGAAUGAUGCUCGUCUUCCAAUUCAUUUUGGCCCUCUACCAUCAGCUCGCCCACAUGGGACAAGUCAUUCAUUCUCGUUCUGCUGAAUUCGCUGCCGAUGAGUUUGCUGCGAAACUCGGACAUGGAGACAAUUUGAUCGGAGCACUCACUAAACUUGGAGUCGACAACCUGUCUAUGCCGAUCAACGAUUCUCUCUACUCGUGGUGUGUCCACACUCAUCCACCUGUCGUCGAACGUGUCGCUGCUGUCAGAGCUUUCACGGACAAGAAGAAAUAG